GCGCCGAGUCGCCACGGGGGAUGCGCUGUGCGAGAUGGUCCCCUGCGCCCGAGCACCCCUCGGCGGGCGGGCAGGGCGCGGGGUCUGUCCGCACUGCACCUCACCCAGGCUCCGGCUCCGCUUUGGGCCCAGCCCGCCCACAGUAACCAGCCUGAGUGGGGCCAGCAAGCGCUCAUGGCCCUGCUGGGGCGUGGGUCCCAGCCCCUGUCGUUUGGCGGUGUGGACGCAGCUCAAGCUGCAGACCCGAGUCUGUAUAGUGCAGUGUGGACAUGUUAGUGCAGCUGUGAGCCUGGGGUCUAGCUAUUGUAAAGCCAGGCUUAAUAAUACAGUGUGGAUGUACAAGUGCAGGCUUGGAAACACAGAGUCCAUAGAGCCAGGUUUGUAACGCUGUGUAGGCAUAACCUAUGAAAGCCCUCACUAGUCAGAAGGCAAAGUAAACUAGGAUAGGGCACAGGCACUCUCCAGAUUAUGGUCUGCCUUCCCCCGAGCUUCUGAGCAGCCACAUCCCCUUCUCCUCCUGGAGAGGUGAUGGAGUUGACUAAUGGCUGUGUAGGUUUAUCUGGGAGCCUCUCCAUACCCAACCAGUACAUGCCUAUGUGAUGGUCUUGUAUUAGAUUCCACUGACCACUGCAAGAUUUUAUGUCGGGAGUGGAAUAGAGAUCAUGGGUUGUGGCACUGCUGAUAAACCACAAUCAAAUGAAAGACUCUUACCUAAUUAACCUGUCUAAUCUAUCAAUUUUAUUUUUUUUUCUAUAGACUCCAUGGGGUUUCUAUAGAUUUUUCUCCUUCCCUUUGCUGACGUUUGUGUGUAUGUACACACAUAUGCCUUAUUAUUAUUUGUUGUCCUAGCCAUUGUGUGGGAUACUACUAUCAUCCUUUCCUGGGUUAUGUCAGUUUCAGAUUGUAAACUGCUUCAGGGUAGAAACUUGUUACUUUCAGUUGUUUGCAAAGGGCCAUGCAUGCUUAUGGCACUAAAUCAAUAAAAGUAAGUCUGAAUCCACUACCUAAGCUGGGUGAGCUGGAAUGGGAGUUGACCUUCCAUCAGAAUUUUUUUCUUCUGUCACAGUCUUUGAUGCCAUUUAAUACAGUAUAGCAUUUUUUGGUUUGUAUAUGAUCACUUUUUAACAGUAAUAGGAUAAUGAAGAAUGAAAUGGGGCAGAAUGAAACUCUAAUAGCAAGACAUUGGCGUACAUAAUAACUUUUAAAAUCUGCCAGGUAAAUGUAUAUUUGGGCCCCAAUUCUGUCACUGGAUUGAUGCAAGUGGACCCCUGUGCCACUUGGGGCUCCAUAUGUAUCCAAGUGAAGGGUCAGAGCCUGGGUUUGCUGGCAGAGCAUUCUUGGAACAGUUACCAGGCAUCUUUUUCAAUGCAUCCAUCACUCCAUGUGUUUCCUACCAUUAUGAGACCUUAAAUUUUUUUUGUCAAUUAAGGUCAGUAUAUUUUCUGGUCUUUUGAUUUUUGCUUUUGAAAACUUUUUGACUUGAGGUCCUGUUCCCACCUAGCCUGGUCUCUUUCCCACAGAAAAAAAUGUGUGAAGACUCUUGGAGCCAAGAUCCAUACCUGGCUUGAUAGGUGCCUUUAUUCAUUCUGUUGCAUAAUCUGGGGUCUGGCAUUCAAAGGCCUUUUUUAAUUCUGUCAGUUGUCAAGGAUGUGUAAUCUUACUUUUUCAUUGCUUUAUUUCAUAUUGAGCUUUGCUUGGAAAUAAACAUUACUUAUAAUGUGUAUAUAUGAUAGUUUUUUCCCAAAAGGCCCAGACUGUGUUAUAAGUUCUGAUCUCUUUGGUUUUUGAUUUAAUAUGUUGUUUUUAUCAUAUCUGCAGAUGACACCACUGGUAAGCAAGAAGAUGGACCAAUUGCUAGAUACUUCCUGUGAUUUGAAGCUGAAGGUAACAUUUGUUGCUUUUCUUUAAUUCAGUGCUGGCUGAUCAAUGAUCUUGGAUUCUGAGACAAUUCUGUGGUUUGAGAUCAAUGCUCUUAAUUGCUUUUGAUUUGGUAAAAAGAAUGCCAGAGGUUUUGGGGAGCUAUCUGUGGCAAUUUCCUCCAGUGGUACUUCUCUUUAUCUUUGCACAAUGACUUGAUGCCCGUGACCUUGGAGUUGUUGUGGAGUCUGAUCUUCUUUUUGAAGCCUGUUAUGCUAAUUUGGUAACUGAAGUGCUUUUGCUACCACCUCAGGAAUUUGACCAUACUGGUACCCAUGCUUACUAGGACAGCUGCUGAAAUCUUUGUCUGUACUUUUGUUUAAUCUUGGCUUGAUUACUGCAAUUCUUUCUUUGUGAAACUUUUCACUACCUCUCCUCCAACAUGACUGUGCAACUGAUAAAGAAUUCAUUUAGGCUGCUUGCCCAGGUCUGUCUGUCUCUUCACAAUCUUGUCUUCUUAGCCUCCUAAUAAGAGAGCUUCAUUAGUUUCCAAAACUGCAGUGGGUUGACUUUUAUUUUAUUUGAUUCUUGGUAACCACUUCCAAGAUUUUGUAUUGCUGGGCUCCAUUAUGUCAAUGUGAUCUUUGGCUUCCUUGUUUAGAAGCUGUUUUGUGCAGCCUCUGAAAUGGCUUUAAUCUGUUCAGUGUGUGGCCUCUGUGUGUCAUGUGUUUGCAGGAUCUAACCCCAAAGGGAGCAAACACUCACUAGCAGGCAUGGUGCUUAUCCCCAUGAGUACCUUCAUUGACUUCAGUGGGAGUACCCCCAGUAAUAAGCUUUGCUCAGAUGUAAGUGUUGGCAUGUUUGGGCUCUUGAGUCCCCAGAUAAAUUAACUUUUAAAAAAAGGAUUCUAUUAGAAUUUCAAAAUAACUCUUCCAGUUCCAUGGCUAAAUGUGCCGCCUUCUGAUUUUUAGUUCCAUAACACAUAAGGUACAUAUGAUUUUUGUUGUGACUGGCUUGCUUGGAAAAUACAAUAAACAAUACUAAUAUUUGCUCCACAAUCUUUAGUUAACAGAAUAAAUCUGAAAGUGCAAUAAUGGAUAUUAGGAUUAAUUUGCAAUGAAUAAGGAAAUGGGAUGGUCUAUGGGAUUGUUAAUUACCUGUCCUUUAAUCUCCAGGUGACUGGUUAAAAUUCAGCCCAAGUCCUUAAUAACUGAAUGUUGUUAAUGUUUGGUGGCUUGUAGAAAGGGAAUCAAUUGAUCUUGAUCUAAUUCCUACUGGGCAGGGGUCCUCUUCACUAAAAAAUGUCUAUAUAAUUGGCACUCUUGUUGGCAGUCUCAGGGAAAGGCCAAGGAUUGAAUGGGCUAUGGAGACUGAACCAUCUUCUUACCCUUAGAAGUAGUGGGGUUGAGGCACACUGGGAAUCUUUCAGAGCUGCUGCAAGUGCCUUAGCUGAUCUGUGGAUAAAUAAGUGUUUGGUGUGCAAGGCUGCCCAUCUGGCAUCCUUCAGGAACUCUAAAUUGCCUUUCACCAAUAAAAGCAAAACCUGCUGAGAUUGAAUUUGAGCUAACUACUCUACUACCAGUCACCAGAAUCAAAUAUGUCUGUUGGUAAAACUAUGAUCAGAAUGUUAUCUUGAUUCUGUACUGAUGGGCACUUUGGAAACAUGAAUAGGUCGCUCCAUGGGUCAAUUGUAUUUAUUUUGGUCUGUUAUAUUUGGUAGACAUGCAGAAUCUUCUCAUCCUUUGCAAGAUGCUCCUCAGGAGAGCCGGCCUGUCACCAGUGAAGAUCGAGAGAUGUCACAACAUGCCCCUCCGAGUGGUGAAGAUGAUGAGGAAGACAGUGAUAGCGACAGUGAUGAUGAUGAUGUGAAAGUUACCAUUGGCAACAUUAAAACAGGAGCACCAUCGUACAUGGGGACUCCUAUGAAUCUAAACUUAAAAACAGGUAGAGGCUAUGGAACAUCCUCUUCAGCCAAGUUGCAGCCCAAAGGUAUUGAUCUAGAUGCCACAGGGAAUAUAAAUGGAUUGCCUGUAAUAGAAGUGGAUUUAGAUUCGUUUGAAGACAAACCGUGGCGGAAACCAGGUGCUGACCUUUCUGAUUACUUUAAUUAUGGAUUCAAUGAAGAAACAUGGAAAGCUUAUUGUGAGAAACAGCGACGGCUUCAGCUUGGACUGGAUCCCUCUCCACCUAUCAACAGUGAGAAUAAGAUCACAGUUCAGCAAGGAAGGACAGGAAAUGCAGAGAAAGAACCAGAGAACAACAUUAUCAAAACGGAAUUCAAAACGGACUUUGUGGCUCUGAUAGGAGGGCGGAUGAAGGCUGGGCCUCCACCUAAUAGGAAGCUGGGUGGGACAAUUGAUGUGAUUGGUGGACAGGCAGGCACUAUUAGGAGGGUAGAAGGAAGACGCCGCGAUAAACACGCCUCUGAGGAAAAUCCCAUUCAGGUUCUUGGAGAUCAUGGAAAUAAGCCACAACCCCCACAGCAGCCCCAGCAACCAUCACAGCCCCAGCAGCCACCUCAGCAACAGCCGUUUGUACCACCAGCAGGUCCCCCACCUCCCCCAAUUGCUGGGCCACCCCCACCACACUUUCUCCACCCUCCCCCUCCAGUUACUUCUGUCCCACCUCCUCUGCAUCCUCCAGGCUUGCCACCACCAGGUCCCAUUCCAGGGCUGUUCCCUCCACCUCUGGCUCCUCCACCAGCUCUCCUCAUUCCAACACUUGAUGGCCAACCUACCGGCUACAAUAACAGGCAGCCUCCACCAUUUGGAUACAACUCUGCAGAUUCUGGUUUCAUCAGCUACCCUCCUAUUUCCACGUCUCACACGCCCUGGGUGACGACAGUGGAUAAGGGCACGAGCAGCUCCAGCAGCAGCCACUGGGAGUACUCCGGCUCAAGGCGUGAGAGAGACAGGGAAAGGGAAAGGGAGAGAGACAGAGACCGGACUCCAACCACCAGUGAAUACAACAACGAUGAUGAGCGAUAUCGCUACUACAGUCGAGAGCGAAGCUAUGAUUUUGAGCGGGAUUAUCGCAGGAGUAGAGAUCGGAGCAGAGAGCGGGAGGAUCGCCACCGGGAGCGCAGGCACAGAGAGAAGGAGGAGAGCAGUAAACAUAAGUCUUCAAGACGUAAGCAGCACGAGAGUGAAGAGGGUGAAAGCCACCGGCGCCACAAACACAAAAAGAACAAGCGCAGCAAAGAGGAGAAGGAGGCCAGCGAUGAUGGUGUCGCAGAGGGAGAUGAACAAGAUGCUAAGGAGUAACGGCUCCCAGCUGUCCUUUAGGAGGGACUUGCUCCUUUGCAAGCAGCGUGGCAUCUAACUUUAUUUUCCAAGGGAAGCAGAGAUGACUCUGGUGGCCAAGUAUUGAAACGCAAUGUGACAGCUCAAGCGUUAAGGCUGAACACAGUUAAACUUGGAUACGAGACAAAGUAUGGCAGUGAUGGUAUAUACAGCACCGAGCUACUCUUCUUGUAAAUGACCCUAGAAGAACUUCAUUGUAUCAGAUCCUAUGGUUUCUGAUGAAAGACAGCUUCAGCUGAAACUAACGUACUUAGGUGAUAGGGUUUUUUUGCGCAACCAUGAUUCCUUUUUUUUAAAAAGUAGGACAGUAACUGCAAAUUGAACUCUAUUGUCCAAAGAAAAGUGUGAUUUAGGUCCUCUGUGAGCCAGUUUAGAAUCUGGUGUCUGUUAGUGAAAGUCUCAUCCCCAAAUCCAUUUCUUUAUAGCUAUGAAAGUAUCUCUCAUCUGUCCAUGGCAGGAUUGGCAGCAUGUGGAAGGGAACUACUUUACAGGUGUGUCAUUUGAAUCUGCUUUGGUCUAAUGGCUUUUAAAAGGUAGGGCAUUCAGAGACUUCAAACCCAGCUUUUUUUUUUUUUUUUUAAACCCAUUGAGAAUGUAGUUCUACUACAUGUUAUACCUGUAAAUGGAAAGUCAUGAUCCGUGGAAGACUGUGGUGAGAGUAUGAGUUCCUUUUUUAAAUUAGUUUGGAUUAUUUUUUUUGUAACAAUUGAGAUAAAUAAUCUAACACCUUAAGGAACAUGAAGCCCCAUCCAGCAGUUUGACAUUGUUGGGUUUAUUUAUAUUCAUCACUAAUACACCUGUGCAAUGCAUUUCACCCUGCCUCCUCCCCAUAGAUCUCAGAAUAAUGCAAUCAAAUUCCAUGCUCUGUUUGAUUUAGGGUUUGUUUAGUUUUUAAACAAAUUUCUCAGUGGAAGGUGGGGGUUUGUUGUGUAUACCUGGUUCUUAAACAGAAUACUGCACUUGUUUGUGUGAAUCCACAAGUAUCUCAUUUUAAGUAUCUUCCACUUCUAUGAAUUGAUAUUUAAAAAUGUCUUAAAUCCUUCCCCAAAAGAAGAUGGUUCUGAAAUUUUACAUAUGAUUUUUUUGUACUGUAGUCAUGCAAGUCUGAGUGUUGUGUGAAGCUUACAGCCUUUGAAACUUGAGCCCGUACAGCAUGAUAUCAAUUUGUAUGCUAUGACACUGCAUUUGAUGGGUCAUUAACUACAAAACCUGUGGGAAGCAGAAUAAAGCAAUUUUUUU